CGUCGUGCGCCGCCGCCGUGGGCCGCGAGGGAGCCGCGAGGGAGCUCCCGGGACCCGGCUCCGGCGCCAUGGCUUCCAGGCCCACGAUGGGGUCCUUCGGUGUUGAAGGCACUGACCUGGAAGAUGUCAAGGUCUCAAAAGACAGAGACGGCCCUUCACGCUUCCUCAGGCUCCCAAACAUCCAGAACCAGUCUCUGAUGUCCGGUCUGGCUUACUGCAUAGCGUCCUGCAGCAUGAUUUUAGUCAACAAGUUUGUUUUGUCUGGCUAUGGUUUCAAUGCUGGAAUAUCUCUGAUGCUUUACCAGAACAUUGUAUCGGUGACCAUUGUUUCUACAUUGUCCCUCUCUGGUGUGAUUUCAACUGAACCGUUAACAUGGAAGUUAAUCAAAGUUUGGUUGCCUGUGAACAUCAUAUUUGUCGGAAUGCUAAUCACAAGCAUGUUUAGUCUGAAGUACAUCAAUGUUGCGAUGCUGACUAUAUUGAAGAAUGUCGCAAAUGUACUUACUGCUUCGGGGGAAACAUACUUCUUUAAAAAGCAGCAUGGUACACAAGUUUGGAUUUCUCUCAUGUUGAUGAUAAUCUCAGCCAUUGCAGGAGGAAUAACAGAUCUCUCGUUUCAUAAAGUCGGCUAUACAUGGCAGAUCUUAAACUGUUUUCUAACAGCAUCAUAUUCGCUUACAUUGCGGCAUGUAAUGGACAGUGCUAAGCAAGCCACCAAGUCUGGGAAUUUGAAUGAGCUUUCAAUGGUUUUGCUUAAUAACGCCCUUUCACUACCAUUGGGAAUUAUCCUCGUGCUUGGUUUUAAUGAAGUGGAGUACCUGCUGGAAACGCCACUGCUGAGGAUGCCCAUGUUUUGGCUAGUCAUCACUGCCAGUGGAGUUUUGGGGCUUGCUAUCAGCUUUACUUCGAUGUGGUUUCUUCGUCAGACAAGCGCAACAACUUAUAGCCUUGUAGGGUCUCUUAACAAGAUCCCCCUCUCUAUGGCUGGAAUCCUUCUGUUCAAAGUCCGGACAAGCAUGGAGAACUCCAUAAGCAUACUGUUUGGUCUAUUAGCGGGAGUAUUUUUCGCCAGGGCGAAAUUGCGCGACAGCUCCCAGUCCUAGCUGUCUGCCGGGUGUACAGGUGGUAGAAGAAGGUAGCUAGGAUUCUCCUGGUCAUCAGAAGCAGGAUGCUCCCUCAGCUUACAGUCUGGGAAACCUGUGCAUAUGCGAGGUUCUUUCCCAGUUGGCAAAGGCAUCAGACAACAUGUAGUUAGCCUGGUGCUACAGUUUUCCUUUUCGUUUCUUCUCGGCAACGACCUGGAAAGCUGGAACCCUGUUGUCGCUCCAUUGUUGCAUGAUGAUACAGUCAUACAGAUAGAUACUGCUGAAAUAUACCUGGUUGGGUGGGUCUGCUCUA